CUCCUCUUUCCUGUCCUAUCUUCUCCGCAUCGUCUCCUCGCUCUGAUCACUUCUGCUGAUUCCUCGCUUCUUCGAUCUUCACCGUGUUGGAAAUCGAAUCCCUAGUUUCUGUUUACAAUCGCAGAGUUUGCUCAUUUUUGUUCCUCGUUAGCUAAGGAUGGCGCAUUCUCUAAGCCUCAUCUCCACCAACUUGAACACUCUACUCCUCAACCAUCAUCAGUGCCAGAGUUUCGGUGCCUUUGUCGCUUCAUCUAAAUCUAAAAUGAGAUUCGCGAGAACCAUUAGAGCUGUGCAAGAGACUCAAGGAGGUCCAAGAAGACUAAUCGACAUCAUAAGAACGGUUCCUGAUAUCUCCAGGAACUACUUCAAGAAGCCGUCAAGAAGAACGCUUUUCGGAGGGAUCUCGUUGUUAGGUGGGUUCUAUGUCGCGCAGACCAUCUCUCUCUCGUUUGGAGCCUUGGGAGUGAACGACGUUAUCGCUGCGGUUUUGUGCGUUCUUUUAACUGAGUAUGUGACGAGAUUCUACUACAGCCGCACCACCGUGACGUUCCCCAUCGCUCUUCUCAAUAAUUUCAAGAUGGGUUUCACUUAUGGUCUCUUCAUUGAUGCCUUCAAGCUCGCUAGCUAGUGUAUGCGCUUUUGUAUAUAUAUAUUUUAAAUCUCCAUUUAGUGUUUUUUAGUAGAUGUUUUCACAUUAGCUCCUGUUGUUUGUUUGUGUUUG